AUGGAUAAAAAUAUUUCAUCAGACGGCGAUAGAAAUGACAAUGACGAAUGUACUUCUGAGUGUGAUAUUAAAGAAGAAAUUAGAUUAGAAACAAAUAAUUCUCCAUUAAAAGGAAUUCGAUCAGGUGCAGUUAUUCGACCAGAACCACUUUUUCAUCGAAAAACUCGAUUAAUAAUUGAUACACAUUACAAUAAUGAACAUAAUUUAUUACGAAAUGGUCUUGAAGAAACCGAAUAUGAAAAUUUAAAAUUAAUUUCCUUAGAUAAACUAUUUGAUAAUAAAAAUGAAACAUUUAUUGGAUUUGGUUUACCAAAUGUUUAUUUAACAAUUCCAAAUGAACCUAAGGAUGGUUAUGAUAAAUUUGCCGCUUUUAUGUUUUGGCGUCAACUUAGUGCAAUUAUUCCAACGAAAGGUCGAGUUCAAUCCGGUUUUCUUAUUCGACUUCGAGAUUUACCUGAAAAUAUUACAGAAAUAAUUCGUCAAUCAAUGAAAAAACAUUCAAAUCAACGGCAUGUAUCGUGUGCAUAUGCAAGUGCAUGUGUUUUAAAUUCAGCAGGAUUUACAAGUAGUGGAGCUGAUUUACGAAAUCAUUUUGGUGCUCGAGCUUUAUUUCAACAAAUAUAUGAAUAUGGUUUAGAAUUCAAAGGAAAACCAUUAACUUUAGAUUUUAUUCGAACAACUCAAUCAACACUUGAAGAACAUUUUCAUCAAGUUAGAAAAAAAGAAUUAACAAGUAUAGGAAGAACUUUUAAAAAAAUUUAUAAUGAAUGUUCAACAUCGAAAGAUAAAACUCGAGCACCAUUAAUUGUAGCAAAUGAUAUUCCAAUGAAUCCUAUUGUUAUAUCAAAUGUACCUUCAUUAACACGUUUACAAAUAUCUCGUCCGGGAAGAAUUGGAGCUAUUGUAAGAAAAAUUUGGGGAUCUCACACUUUAUUUCGAGUGAUUCCAAAUACAGAAAAAAUUGAUAUUAGUGAUUAUCUUCCACAAACUUUACAAGCUUUUCCAUCGAAAAAUCCUGAUUUAUUUACAAGAAUAAAAAAAUCUUUUCUUUUUUCUCGACCUGUUGUUAUAACAAUACGAAAAAAUAUGGCAUCACUUUGGGAUGAUCAUGGAGAAUUUUCCUCUGGAUCAUUGGCAUCAAUGAUGAGUAUUCAUACAGCAAAAGAUCCACAUCCAUAUAAUAUUGUCAUAACAGGGAAUCAUUUAAUAGGUAUGCAUCAUAAUCCCAUUUUAAAUUCGAAAUUAGUUGAUUGGUUAUUGUCAAAACAUGUACUUAUAUCUGGUUAUGAUGAUGAUGUACGUUUUGCUGGAGAAGCUUGGAUGGUACAUGAACAAGAUGGGGUAGCUUUACAUUUAUCUAAUAAUUCAGGAACUUAUCGUCCAAAUGAAGAACAACUUAUUAAAGCUGCGCAAUUUGUAUCGGAUGCUUUUCCAGGAUUAAAAAUUGAAACUCAUCAAAGUUCUGAUCAAAUUCAAUUACCUUCUCAGAUGAUUGAUGAACAAGAAAAGAAUUCAUUUUUCACGCUGAAAAAUAUCUUUAUCAUAUUCUUAGCAUUUAUCGUUUGGUUAUGUGUUUUUAAGUUCUUUCAUCAUGAUUAA